AGUACCUUGGGCCUUGGCUCAAACUCGAAUACCCAGGAGCCUCGAGUAGUGUGUGAAUUUAUUAAUUAAAUGCAUUAUAACAUACUAACUGUGUGUAUGUAUAUUGCGGUUGUGCUAAAUUAUUGAAUACACCUUAGCUUUGCUCAACUUGGCGUACAGUUCGCGUUUUAGAAAAUUUUAUUUGCUAAUUUUGGGAUUGUAAAUACUUCUGCGAUUUGAAAAUCCAUUAAGCUGCUAAUGCAUGUGGUGCGCAAUAAACAAAUAAUAAUAAUAAAAGUGAAAGAUAGUACACAAGCGUGGCAAUAAACAAAAAUUUAAUCACUGCAACUAAAGUUUCAGUUGAGAGAAAGGAUACAUAAUUAUGUUGUGCCUAAAGCACAACCAAGUGCUUUUAGCCAUAUUGGCUUUAGUUUCAAGCACAGUAGCACUAAAAGUAUCCACUGGCUAUCACAUUUUGCAUAACGAGCCAACACAUCAUCAGACUAACUAUCAUGGCUUUAGAUUUCUACAUAGUCCGGAUCCUUUCGUUUACGGGAAUUCGCUGCCAACUUCCCCGGCUCCGUUGAAUCCCUUCCUGCCAGUGGCUAGCGCACUUACUGGCUAUGCGCCACCCACAACCGCACCAAGAACUGUCACCUGCCCCAGUCCGCCCAGCAUAUGUGAGAAGACAGCGUAUCGCACUAUGGAUGGUUCAUGCAAUCAUCUAGAGCGUCCAGGCCUGGGUGUGCCCAACAGCAGAUAUGGUCGCCUGCUGUCGCCCAAAUAUGCUGAUGGCAUCUCAGCACCACCAAGAUCUAUUUCGGGUGAUGAGCUGCCCAGCGCUCGUCUGGUAUCACUAGUGGCAUUUGGAGAACAGGAUGUGCCGGAUCCACAGUUUACGCUGCACAACAUGCAGUGGGGACAGAUAAUGACACACGACAUGAGCAUGCAAGCGGGCGGCACACAGUCCAAGAAACAUCCCACUCGCUGCUGCACGGAUGACGGGCGUCUGAUUGGUCUGGAUACUGCGCAUAAGACUUGCUUCGCUAUUAUUGUGCCUCCACAUGAUCCCGCCUAUUCGCAGGUGGGCACAGAGUGUCUGAACUUUGUGCGUACUUUGACGGAUCGCGACUCGAACUGUCAGUACACUGGUGGACCAGCGGAGCAGCUGACAGUGGUUACCGCCUAUAUGGACUUGUCGCUUGUCUACGGCAACUCAAUGGAGCAAAAUAGCGAUAUACGCGAAUUCCAAGGCGGUCGCAUGAUUGUCGAGGAACGCAAUGGCGCCAAGUGGUUGCCACUCUCUCGCAAUGUUACCGGUGACUGCGAUGCUGUGGAUCCCAAUGAGGUCUGCUAUAGAGCUGGCGAUGUGCGGGUCAAUCAAAACCCGGGCUUGGCCAUUUUACAGACCAUUCUGCUGCGUGAGCACAAUCGAAUUGCCGAUGCGCUGUCCGCAUUGAACCCGCACUUUGACGAUCGCACGCUGUUCCAAGAAGCACGCAAAAUAAAUAUAGCACAAUAUCAACAUAUCAGCUACUAUGAGUGGCUGCCAAUUUUCCUUGGCGGCGAAAACAUGUUCAAGAACCGCCUGAUCUAUAAGGCGCCUGGUGGCAGCCACGUGAAUGAUUAUGAUCCCAAUAUCGAUCCCAGCGUUCUCAAUGAACAUGCCACAGCGGCCUUCAGAUACUUCCAUUCACAAAUCGAGGGCAGAUUGGACCUGCUUUCGGAACUGCGCUCAGUGUUAGGCUCUCUGACUCUGAGCGAUUGGUUCAAUCGUCCUGGCAUUAUUGAGGUUGGCGAUAACUUUGAUUCGCUGACUAGAGGCCAUGCCACGCAGCCUGAGGAACUGACGGAUAUUAACUUUGAUCGUCAAAUCAAGCACUUCCUGUUUAGACGUAAUAUGCCCUUUGGCUCGGACUUGCGUUCUCUGGACAUCCAACGUAAUCGUGAUCAUGGCUUGGCUUCUUACAACGAUAUGCGUGAAUUCUGUGGUCUGACUCGCGCUCACUCCUGGGAGGGCUAUGGAGAUUUGAUAAGUCCACAAGUAAUUGAGAAACUCAAGUCGCUGUACGAAAGCCAUGAGGAUGUGGACUUGACUGUAGGAGCCUCCCUGGAAGCUCAUGUUGCUGGCGCAUUGGCGGGUCCCACUUUCCUUUGCGUACUUACUGAACAAUUCUAUAGAACACGCGUGGGCGAUCGUUUCUUCUAUGAAAAUGGCGACAAAAUGACGGGCUUUACCCCUGAUCAACUGGUUGAGAUACGUAAGGCCAGCAUGGCGCGUUUGCUUUGCGACAACGGUAAUCAUAUUGAAAAUAUGCAGCAUGCAGCCUUCAAAACUGUUUCGGCAUCCAAUCCCGUUGUGCCAUGCUCCAACAUACCACUGGUGGAUCUAACAAAAUGGAUUGAUCUUAAUGGUCAUGCCACUCCGGAUCAUGCAGCUAUUUUUGGAAAGAAAUAAUGAUACUAUUAUGUUAUUUAGCCCAUGGAUUUUGUCAUUAACUAGUUCAAAAUAUAAUAACAAUUAGCUUAAACAAUUAACAGAUUGUGUAAAUCAAACUCCAUGUAUUAUAUUGCCCCUUUUUUAUGUAAAUAAAUUCA